UUUCCGGAAAUGUAACGGAGUUCACGUCUUUGUUUUUUAUCUUCUUGAUUUAUACACUUAUUUUUAUAUCCGGCACGUUUGGAAAAUUUGUUCAAGCAAAAUUUUGUACAAUUUCUCAUGAAAUUUGUAACUUCACGACACCAAAGCUUUUUCACCCUCUCCGGAGGUUUGUUUAUCAAGUAAAGAAUUUGACGUCUUAUUAGUCUUUCUUGUGAGCCAUAACAGUGAAAAAGCUUCGACCAGUUGUGACAAUGGCAACCUAUCGAGAACUAAAGCAGCAUGAACAGAUAGACAUUACUCAGAUAAAACCGAGUCGUUCAGUUUCAAAUCACAGUCACUCAUCGAGUAAAUCUGAUAUAUUAAGGAAAAAAGCACAAUUAGAGACGAAGGUUAAAUACAGUGCAAAACAGGCUGAUCUUAUAAGACAAAAGGCAGCCCUAGAGGCAGAAUUAAGUAUCCUUCAGAUUAAAGAAGAGACUGAGGUGUUGGAGUCAGAGAUCAGAAUAUUGGAAAAUGAGUCCAUGGUAGGAGAGGAUGAUGAUCUAGACUCUGUAUCUGAAUUUCAAAAAGAAAGAACAAAAGAAUAUGUUCAAAAUCUACAUAUACCAGAUACAAAACCAAUUGCGAUAGUGAAUACACCAGAAAAGCAAUCUCCACAACUUAGCACAUAUGCAAACACAUCUACACCAUAUGUGCCUCCUAAUGUUAACAACAAUAAUUCACAAAUUGAACUGUGUAAUUUGAUCACAAAGAUGAUGGCUCGGAAGGAUAUUGUUUUAUCACGACUUAUCAAAUACAAUGAUAGCCCAUUUCAGUUCCUAUCUUGGAAAGAGACAUUUAAAGAUGUUAUGAAAGAACUUAGUGUGACUCCUUCAGAAGAGUUGGAUCUUCUCAUAAAAUGGCUUGGUCCAGAUUCAGCAAGACAAGCAGAAAGUAUCAAAGCUGCCAGUGCUAGUGAUCAUGUUGGUGGCUUACACAAAAUUUGGGACCGAUUGGAUGUUCGAUAUGGAAGUCCAGAAUUGAUUGAGCAAUGCUUAAAAACCAAACUCGCUAACUUUCCAAAGUUAACAAAUACUGCCAAAGAUUAUGAACGCCUGUAUGAACUAUAUGACAUUUUAUGUGAAAUCCAAUUUGUUAAAAACAAUCCACAAUAUUCACAAGUUCUCGCUUAUUAUGACUCCUCAACUGGCGUUAAUCAGAUCGUAAGUUGUCUUCCUCAUAACUUACAGGAAAAAUGGUCAACAGAAGCUAUUAAAUACAAGAAAAGACACAACAUGUUGUACCCGCCAUUCUCAUUCUUUGUUGACUUUACUUACGACAUGGCAAAAUGGCGUACAGAUCCCAGUUUUCAGUUUGCUCCUCAGACAAAUAAAACUUCUAAUCCUGCUAAUAUGCAAUCUAAUUUGCGUGUAUCUACUAGAAAAACUGAUGUAUACACAAUAGAUGAAAAGCAAGGUUGUCCUAUUCAUGGCACAAAUCAUGAUCUUAACGAAUGUAGAGCUUUCCGUCAAAAGCCAAUGACUGAACGUAUGGACUUGUUAAAGAAAAACAGGCUUUGCUUUCGUUGCUGCAGUCUUCAGAAACAUUUGCAAAGAAACUGUAGAGAAAAUAUACAUUGUAAUAUUUGUAAAAGUUCAAAUCACCCAACAGCUUUGCACAUUUACCAACAAGACCAAAACAUAAAUCCAUAUAAUGGCUCUCAAUCUAUAAAUGACUGUGAAAGUGAGAAGAUUCACGAAGGGGAGCUUGAUAACUUAUCACAUGUAUCAGCUAUUUGUACAAAGAUUUGUGGAAAUCCGUUGAGUAGUAGCAAGUCUUGCGCUAAGAUUUUGCCAAUUUAUGUUUAUCCAAAAAAUAAAACACACAUGGCUCAAAAGGUAUAUGCAAUCAUAGAUGAUCAAAGUACUCAUUCAUUAGGUACAUCAAAGUUUUUCGAUAUAUUUAAUGAGAAUGCUGAACAUAUAAAUUUUACAUUAUCAUCAUGCUCAGGCAAAGUAUCUACAAUGGGUAGAGUAGCAAGACAUUAUACAAUUGAAGCUUUAGAUCAUAGUACUUCUAUAAACAUUCCAUCACUUAUUGAAUGCAAUGACAUACCAAACAACCGUGAUGAGAUACCAUCACCAGAAGUUGCAGCUAGUCAUGAACAUCUUAACAACAUAGCGUCGCACAUACCACCCAUUGACCAGAAUAUCAAAAUUGAAUUACUUAUUGGUAGAGAUGUGAUUCAAGCCCAUCACGUUCUUGAUCAACGCUUGGGAGGUGACAACUUACCCUAUGCUCAAAAGUUGCCAUUAGGGUGGGUGAUCGUAGGAGAAUCUUGUCUCGGUCAGAUUCACCGAACAGACACUGUAACUGUAAACAAAACAUUUAUUUUGCCAGAUGGACGCACCUCUCAUUUUCAACCUUGUGCAAAUGCCUUUACUGUAAAACCUGAAUCUAUCUUUGAGAGAACACCUUACGAUGAAACUAUUGGACCUUCAAUCGAGGAUAAACUAUUUAUAGAAUUGAUGGAUUCUCAAGUGAAACAAGGAUCAGAUAAUCGGUGGACUGCACCUCUUCCGUUUCGCAAAGACAGACCUAUGUUGCCUAAUAAUAGAGUACAAGCAGUGCAGAGAGUUAACUCGUUGGAACGUAGUCUUCGCAUGAACCCUAACAAAAAAGAGCAUAUACUUGAAUUCAUGAAUAAGAUGUUUGUGAACAAACAUGCUGAGAAGGCACCAAAUCUACCCAUAGGAAAUGAAUGUUGGUAUCUUCCCUUUUUUGGGGUAUAUCAUCCCAAAAAACCUGGAAAAGUGAGAAUUGUUUUUGAUUCGUCGGCUAAGUUUAGCGGAACUUCAUUGAAUGAUGUCUUAAUAAAAGGACCAGAUCUAACAAACAAUUUAUUAGGUGUUUUACUUAGAUUCCGUAAAGAGGCUGUAGCAGUGACAGCAGACGUAGAACAAAUGUUUUACAACUUUAAGGUAACAGAUUCACAUAGAGACUAUUUGCGUUUUGUAUGGCAUGAAAACAAUGAAGUUCAUCGCCCUCUUAUUGAUUACAGAAUGACUGUACAUGUUUUUGGGAAUAGCCCUUCUCCCUCUGUUGCCACAUAUUGUUUAAGGAGAGCAGUGCAAAAUGCAGAUAAUGACAUUCAGGACUUUGUUUAUAACAACUUUUAUGUUGAUGAUGGGUUGAUGUCAUGCCCAGAUGUCGAGUCCGCAGUUGAUCUUAUGAAGCGAUCUCAAAAGGCUCUUGUAGAUGGUGGUGGAUUACGACUCCAUAAAAUAGUGUCAAAUAGUAAAGAUGUUCUUCAAAGCUUCCCAUCGGAAGACUUAUCUUCGGACCUCAAAAACCUGGACCUUGGAUCUGAAACUCCUCCUGUACAACGCAGCCUAGGACUUUCAUGGGACAUUUCUGUCGAUCAAUUUACAUUCAAAGUGUCUUCAGAGAAAAAGCCGUACACUCGCAGAGGUGCCUUGUCGGUCAUUAAUAGCAUAUUUGACCCUAUUGGGUUUGCGUCUCCAAUUACAAUGAAUGGAAAACUAAUUCUCCGAGAGAUGAUGUCAGAAUCUGGACCUACAAAUUGGGAUGAAGAUCUCCCUGAUCAUUUGAAAUUAAGAUGGGAAAAUUGGGUAUCCUCAUUGGUUCAUCUUCAAAACUUACAAAUACCACGAAGAUAUUCAGACAUAUCAUUUUUAAACUCUACUCGUUUGGAGGUUCAUGUAUUCAGUGAUGCGUCAAAGGACGCGAUAGCAUCUGUUGCUUAUUUGAAAUUGUUUGGUGAAAAUGAAAGUGAAGUCUCCUUUCUGAUGGGCAAAGCUAAAGUGUCGCCAGUACACGGCCACACAAUACCGCGCUUAGAGUUAUGUGCAGCUGUCCUUUCAGUCGAGAUUGCAGAUACUUUGAAAGAACAACUCAAAUUAGACUCAACUUAUUUUCAUUUUUAUACUGACAGUAAGGUUGUUUUAGGUUACCUAACUAAUGAAACACGUAGAUUUUAUGUUUAUGUGAGCAACCGAGUAAACCGAAUAAGAACAUCAAGUUCUCCCAGCCAAUGGAGCUACAUUUCAACUGAUCUGAACCCAGCAGAUGUAGCAACAAGAAGUCUUAAUACUUUAGAUUUACCCAGUUCAGUCUAUCUACAGGGACCAACAUUCUUGAGUCAAGAUUCAGAUAUUGGAAAACAAAUGUAUCCACUUGUCGACCCAAAUGAUGAUAAAGAAGUCCGUCCGUCUGUAGUUACUAGUAAAACUGACAUUAAUGAGGAAGUAGGAUUGUCAAGCAGGUUUUCUCGGCUUGCAUCUUGGAAAAGUCUAUUGAGAGCUAUUCAGUUUCUCAAAGCCUUUAUUAGAAAGUUGCAUCAAGAGAGUCCACCUUCUCGACAAGAAGUGGAACAAUUUAUCAUCAAAACAGUGCAAGCAGAGGCAUUUUCAAAUGAUAUCAAUGCAAUUAGUUCUGUUGGUCAGUUACUUCCUACAUCAAAUUUAUUGUCGCUUUCACCUGUGUUAGACAAACAUAAUAUUCUUAGAGUUGGUGGACGGAUACGACAUGCAAAAAAUGUUGAGCUACAUCUUCAGCCAAUAAUUAUUCCAAAGAAACAUCAUUUAGCUGUGUUACUGACGCGUCACUAUCAUGAAUUGACAUGUCAUCAAGGAAGACACAUGACUGAAGGAGCCUUGCGUUCAGGAGGCUUUUGGGUUAUAGGCAGUAAAAGGUUAGUUUCUACAAUCAUCAGACAAUGUGUCACAUGUAAGAAAUUGCGAGGUCAGUUUAAAGUACAAAAGAUGUCUGACCUUCCGGAAGAUAGACUCACUCCAGGACCUCCUUUUACCUUUGUGGGAAUUGAUACAUUUGGACCAUACCAAAUCAUCCAUAGAAAAACUAGAGGCUCAUCAAUCAAUCAGAAAAGAUGGGCAAUAUUAUUCACAUGUUUGGUUUCAAGAGCGAUACAUAUUGAAGUCAUAGAAGAAAUGAGUAGCGCCAGUUUUAUCAAUGCAUAUCGACGUUUCAUUGCUAUCAGAGGAUCUGUUAAAAUUCUUCGAUCAGACAGAGGAACAAAUUUUGUUGGUGCAAUACAAGAUUUAGGAAUCACAGCCGAAUUCAUUGAAAAAGGCACUGUUGAUACAAUGCUAUCACAAUACGGAACUAUAUGGAAAUUCAACCCUCCGCAUGCUUCACAUUUUGGUGGAUCAUGGGAAAGGAUGAUAGGCUUGAGCAGAAGGAUUUUAGAUUGCAUGCUCAUUCGUGAGAAAAAUAGACUCACACAUGAAAUUUUAGUUACUCUAAUGGCAGAGGUCAGUGCUAUUGUGAAUUCAAGGCCGUUAGUAUCUGUCUCUACUGACCCGGAUAACCCGGAAGUAUUAUCUCCGUCUAUGCUCUUAACACACAAGAAAGGACAGGAUGAACAAUCUAUGCUACAAUUUGGAACUAAGGACAUGCUACGUAGUCAGUGGAAGAUGGUUCAAGGACUGGCAGGUGAAUUCUGGUCAAAAUGGAAUAAAGAAUAUUUACAUACACUACAAGUAAGGAAAAAGUGGGAAUUGCCGAUAAAGGACUUAAAUAUAGGAGACAUAGUUCUCAUGAGGGACCGAGAGUUACCAAGACCACAGUGGCCGAUGGCAAUAGUAACAAAAGUUUUCCCCAGUGCUGACAUGAAAAUCCGAAAAGUGGAAAUUCGAACUAUUAGAGACAACAAACCCAGUUCAUUCAUAAGACCAAUUGUUGAACUCAUUCCUCUCGUUCUUACUGAUUCAAAAUGACAGUCAGUUAUUUUUGCAACUUUAUACCAUCUUCUUGUUCAGUACAUGUAUAUUGCUAGAUAAGCAUAAAUUUUGUAUUUUUUGUGGUGAUUUUUUUAAAAAUCAGAAGGGGAGUGUCGUGUUUCCGGAAAUGUAACGGAGUUCACGUCUUUGUUUUUUAUCUUCUUGAUUUAUACACUUAUUUUUAUAUCCGGCACGUUUGGAAAAUUUGUUCAAGCAAAAUUUUGUACAAUUUCUCAUGAAAUUUGUAACUUCACGACACCAAAGCGUAAGUUAAUAUGUAGCAUAUUUUUCUUUAUAUAUGUAUAAACCUUUUUUGACAAGUGUACUAUUUUUAAGUCGUCCUAAACAGUUGACAAACAUUCUUUUCGGUCAUUUUACAUGUACUGUUUAUCAUACCUUUUUUUUACAUUAAUUCUUAAAUCCAGUGUGCUGAUUUGUAUUUCAUUUGCUUUGAUUAAGAUGUUUUCUCUUGAAAAGUAUUUAAUUUGCGGUUUUUGUUAUUGUAAACUGCUCACUUCGAUUCAUGAAAAAAGGCGACUAUUUUCUACUGUAACCACAAGCACGUGUGCUACUGUUUUUUUAUGUAACUGAAUUAUUUUAUUACAUCUAUUAUGAACUUUGAAUUUGCUUAGACUAUUAUGACAGUCAUUGUAUAACACAAGUUGAAUAUUGAACAUUGCAUUUGACAAAGAGAAAAAAAAAGAUUAUUUAAACAUUGUUAAAACCAAAUAUUGUGUUUUUAGUAUUGAUACUUUAUUGUGUACUGUUAUGCUAAAUUUUUGUAGUGCUAAUUGUUAGUAAGAAUUGCUUAUUUUGUAUUUUUCAGUUUUUCACCCUCUCCGGAGGUUUGUUUAUCAAGUAAAGAAUUUGACGUCUUAUUAGUCUUUCUUGUGAGCCAUAA